GUUCUCCCAGGCUACAAAGUGACACAGUGUAUUGUGGUGUUAAGAAAACCGAUUCACGAGUUUAUAAAAGGAGGUUAAAAAUGCCUGCAACUGACGCGUGGAUUUAAAAUUGCAAGAGGACCCAAAGAGUGACCUUUCAGCACCCCACUUGAUCAGGAGCACCGACCACCACAGAGUUGGAUGCCACUCCGCUACUCCUUACCUUCCCUCGCCUUGUGCUGCCACUCCAACAAGGUCAACAUUAUAAGAUAUGCUCUACGGAAUACUGUCUUUGCGUUCGUGACUGAUCUUCACUACUCCCAAGGAAAGAUUUUGAGGCUGAAGACUCUCCCAUUCACCAGCUUGUAAGGUCAGACGCUUCAGGCAGUCGCUCAGCGUCCUCCCCGCCGACGUGUGUCCCCGCCCCUUCCUCAACGACUCCGGCCUCCCCAGACGUGUGUUUUGGUCCCCUUCACGUCGCAUCCUCUCCUCUACGUCACUUCCCCACCUCUACGUCGCUUCCCCACCUCUUCGUGUCACAUUGUUACUUUUACGUCGCAUCCACACACUAUCUACGUAGCAUCCCCUGCCCUCAGAUGUGCUCCUUGGGCUCCUGUACGUCACAUCAUCUUGCCGUAACUUUGUCUCGCUGCAACUCUGACGUUCAUGUUGGUCCUCGGUGCCGAGUCCCCCCCCACCACCUCCUCAACGUAUACAUGGUGUCCUCCUCCCACAACGUCCUCGCCCGUUUGACGUCACUUCAUCCCUCAUCUGACGUAACUUCGUCGUUCUGACGUCACAUUCCUGCCCUUUACUGGCUGCACGAUUUCAUCCUUCUAACAUAAAAACAGCCUCACCCUGCGUCAUCAUCCAGAGCACCCAGUAUGUCGUGUCCUCGGCCCGUGGAGCCUUCAGCGCUGCACGUGGCGGCCCGCCCCGUGCCCACCAAGCCUGCACGACUUCUGUGUCCCGACACCACCCUCAGCCGCUUGCGACGUCCGCACAAUACCCUCCUCGACUCACCGAAAAUGGGAGUCACUUGUCCAGAUCUUCGACCCAUUGAGAGAGUGACGGACCAUACCAACCAGGAGGGACCGACCCCCGCCUCCGACAUGCCUUUUGAUCUUUCUAAAUCCGGCCGAGAGUCGAGUAUGGCCUCAGCAUCCCGACCGCUCGACCUCUCCGACACCGACCAACCACUUGACCUCAGAGUGGACUUUAAAAAACGGCGGACAAUGGAGGAUGAAAACAUGAACCUUGUGACGAGUCCUGGUCGGAGUUCACCUCGCGAGGCUCCCGGACUCCAGGUGUCCUUGCCUCAAGAGUCCCCGGCCCCUGCUCUCCCUUCCCCGUCAUCCUCAGGGCGUUCAGAGUCCCCAACAUCCUCGGACCGAAUCACAAGACGAGUGGCGGAUUGUUCAAGCCUGGCCUACCCGGUACCUCACAGCUUGACCCCCACGGCACCGAUGCCGCUCCUAUACCCGAGACCCCUCCCACCUUCCUCCCUCCUCUACGCCUCCGUCAGCAAGGAGAUGCAGUUUUCACAUCUGGGGACACGUCCGGGGCUAACACCUCCCCACUACUCCCUCAUACCUUUCCCUGGUCGUACCUACCCGUAUCCCCUGGUGAGGGGCUACCCGUCCCUCACAGGCCCUCACAGGCACCCGGCGCUGUAUGAGGCCCUCAGUGAACGCCGUCCUGCUGAGAGUUCUAUCGCGGUAGGUGGUCUGGGACAUCACUCUAAGCCUAGAGAACGAUACUCGUGCAAGUUCUGCGGCAAAGUGUUCCCGCGAUCAGCAAACUUGACGAGACACCUGCGGACUCACACAGGUGAGCAGCCCUACAAGUGUAAGUUCUGUGAGCGGUCGUUCAGCAUCUCGUCCAACCUGCAGCGUCACGUGCGGAACAUUCACAACAAGGAGAAGCCUUACAAGUGUCGCUUGUGUGAGCGAGCCUUCGGCCAGCAGACCAACCUCGACCGACACAUGAAGAAACACGAGUCAGACGGACCCACUAUCCUGGACGGCGGACACCGACGGCUAUUACUUCCUAAACCUUCCCAUGAGAGCUGGAGAGGGCCGGCACCGCCACCUCUGACACCCAUUUCCUCACACUCAGCCCUCAGCCACUCCCUUAGUGCCUCCCUCUCUGCCUCUCUCUCCGCCUCCUUCACUCACUCCACCUUAUCUCCUCCCACUGACAUUCGUACGUAUUCACCAAUCCAAUCACCUCCUCCAGAAGUCCAAGACGAAGAGGAAGAAGACAUUGAUGUUGAGAAUGAAGACGAGGAAGAGGAAGAAGAAGAGGAAGGAGAUGGGUGUGGUGAAGAUAGACAAGUCUCGUGCGAAGUGACCAUCACGCCUGCCUCCAUCAACACCGAAACUGCAGCCUCUACCGCCGCGGGGGACAACAUGGUGGAGGUGUGAGGGCCGCGAGAACCUCACGUGUUGCUGAAAAGAUGGUGCAAGUGUUGGGCAUCUUGUGAGAGCCACCGUAUACCGGCAACAGAGUACAAGUGUAGCCAGAUCCUCAGUACAGAUAUAUAAGGAUCCUACAAAUACCACAACCAAUGUCAACACAGCCCUGGUCUGUGUACUGGCAGCUGUACAAGUCACCUCCUCAUAUUAGUUCCUCAGUGAAAAUUACAAAUGUUUGAGGUUCCUGCAAAUUCUACCUGUAAACAUGGUACAAGUGAAAGACAAAACCUGUUAACUCUUUAAUAUUAACAAGUAGCUACAGGUGUCAUGAAUACCAGGCGGUCUCUCGUCUUCACAAGCUACAAGUAAGUAAGAGGAAGUGUUCAACAGACCCACGUGUCAAGAAUCCUACCGAAUCCUCCCAAGUUAUGAUGGAACAAGUGUGCUGUAGGUUUUGUAAAUCCUGAUCGUUAACAAAAAAAAAGAAUCCUCAAGGUGUUAGAAGUUCUUAUAUACAAUUGUGAAGGUAUUUUGCAAGUGCCUCGUGCUUGGCCGGAGUGUCAUGUGGGUGUGGACGAACGCUUCUAUUUUUGUCAAGUGUGUAAGACUGUGAAGCAAGAAUAGUUAUUUGUUACAAUAAAACGUCACAGCGAGUGUUGCUGCUGACGCGGUGACAAGCAUUAUGCUUCUGUCGAACUGACGCAAAUUGUUACAAAAACCAAACAAAACAAGAAAACUGUUCAAUUUAUCGUUCAUCUUCCUAUUGUGUGCUGUUGUAAAGAUACAUAAUACGACAUGUAGUUAGAAACAAUGUGUUGUCUCAAAUGUAUCUUGUGUACUUAUGUAUUACUGACUGAAUAUAAAGUUUAAUAAAGAGAAGGAAAAAAAACGUUAAAAUCACGAGAAAAAAAAAUAACAAUCUGAAAAUAUAUUUUUAACUUCUAUUGACUGGUGAUAAAAUAUACUGGAUGAAAAUAAGUGAAAAUGCAAUAAGGGAAAAAAUAACUGACCUGACCUGUUGCAAAUUCCCUGACGAAGCAAAGGUGAAAAAGCUCUGAAUUCCCUGAUAAAUCAAGUGCAUAAAAAAAAAAGUCGAUUAUCUGGGAAACACCACGAAAUAUUGCGAGAGUGUUGAGGUGAUGAGAAAUAUGAGGUGUUAAGGUGUGUCUGUGUGUUUCUCAUCAUAUUGAACCCGAAAUAGAACCGAGAUAAAUAAUUAAUAAAGGAAGGUGAACAAUUAAUGAAGAUGUUUCUUGAAAUUAUAAUAUAGUUUCGUUCAUUAAUGUGGCGAACUACAAUGAAAAUGAAAAGUGACGAAAUAUAAUGAAAAUAAAAAAUAGCGAAAGUUAACGAAAUAGAAAAAUUACGAAAUUAAACGAAAAAAACGAAAAGAAAAGAAAUAAAGUGAAAAACAUCAUAUAUCUUAAAUGAGAAUUAUUAUGGUGAUAACAUUACGUGAAAAGGAAAUUAUUGUAAGCUAUUGUAAACUGACGGUAAAUAUGUAUUGUAAACCACACAUAAAUGUAAAAAAAGGGUGUAAACUCAUUCGAUUAUUAUAGAAAGAUGUUGUAUAAUUGACCAAAUGUUAAAUUAAUAAUGUUAGUUUGCAUGUUUGUAAUUUUUUGAUAUAAUUGGCGAAUGUUUAGUAUAAUUUGGCGAUGAUCGUGAGUAUAAUUCGCGGAAGUGUUGAGGAUAUUGUAUAUACGAGUAAAUAAAUAAAUUACCUGUUGAUUAGAUUUUUUGCUAAGGUGAAAAAAGCCGCAAGUCUGACGAUAGUUCGUUCCUGUGCGGAUAUUUGGCGGGUAGCGGGUAUCUAUGUCAACUGCCGAUACGUGAAGGUUUGCGGGUAUAAUAGUUAACUCGCUCAUGUACAGUUCGCGGGUAUUAUAAUCUGUGGAUAAUCCCAAACACAUCCGCAACUCACUUCUUGAGGAUUAUUAUCGGGUAAAGACGUAAUCCGCGGAUAUGUGGGUAAUUUGUGGAUGUAACUACUCGCUGGUAUAGAUGUACUCAGCGGAUAUGGGAAUUAUUUACAGGUAUUUUGCGGAUAUGUUAAUAAUUCGCGGGCAUACAAGUCAACCCGCGGAUACGUGAAUAUAUAAUCCGGGGGUGUGGCUGAGUGGGUGACCCUCACAAGUGCCGGCGACCGUGAGAGAAUAAUGAGGCCAAUCCUGUAAUUACUGGGCUCUUGUGCUCUGUGCUCACGUGCUCUGUGCUCACGUGCUCUGUGUUUCGUGCACAUGUACUCUAAGGUCACGAAGUAGUGUGAACACGUGCUCAGAGCUUCGUGUUUAUGUGGCUCACGUGCUCAGAGUUUCGUGUUUAUGUGGCUCACGUGCUCAGAGUUUCGUGUUUAUGUGGCUCACGUGCUCAGAGUUUCGUGUUUAUGUGGCUCACGUGCUCAGAGCUUCGUGUUUAUGUGGCUAACGUGCACAGGUGUUCCGUGUUCAGUAACUACCUUGCAAUAAGAGGCUAAUUACAGGUGGGAGAGAUGUCUGAACAGCAUGCUGGACAGGUGUAGACGAGGCAUGUGUUUAUGAAUGACUUUAAAGCUUAAACUUGAAAAUCCAUCCUGGAAUCUAAACCUCCAUCUUGAAGCUUAAUCUUGAAUCAUAGUCUUGAAGAUCAGUUUUAAAGCACAGUCCUGCACCUCACUCCUGAAGUUCGAUAGGAGACGCUUACACUGUUGCGACCUGACAGAGAGCUAGGAGGGAGGGAAGGGCUGCCUCCUUCACCUACACCGUCAGGGCUGCUGCUCACGGCUUCUCCCUCACCGUGAAAGUACAAGAAACUCCGAUAUAUAUAAAUAUAUUUGUAUUCUAUCUCUCAAAUCAUGAUCAUCAGUAAUACAUAUUUCCUUGACCUGUAUAGCGUUAAACAAGAAGAAAGAACUUUUAUUAUGUAUAUUUAUAAAUAUUCAAAAAAAAAUAUGUGCAUUUGAUAAUAUAUAUAGAUUUAUAUUUUCUAUCUGUCAACGUUAAUUAUGUGUUUUCCAUGGACAGUAUACGAUUAGAACUGUAAAAAUAAUCCCCACUCUUACUCCUUCU